CCUCGGCACACCUACUCGAAUCAUCAGAAAUUGGGUUGCUUAUUCUAAUUUUGCGACAAAAAUCAAAUGUGCCGGAAGAUGUUGACACUCCGCUGUCAGUACCAGAGUCGGAGGAACCAUCUUGAGAAAUUACCAGAAUCUUGCGGAGUAAUUUGCGUCCGUGUAGUGCAGUAAUGCGGCUGGGAGAGCGGACAGACAUUAUUUACCAGCUGAAGUAACAAGUCCGUCAGACAUUCCUCGGAAUACCGAUAGCGAAAAUAGUCGAUAUUACCAACACUGCUUUUACGAUGAGCAGGCGAGUCGGCUGCUGAUUUUCACGUUAAAUUGUGAAGAACCAAGCGUAGUGUUCUCUUGUGACGUUCUCUAGUGAUUUUUUUUAAAUAUAUUUUUUGUUGAUUUUUUUUUUUUCAAAAGCAGACGAUGGUUUUCGAGAAAUACGGCUGAGAGGGAUGCUCGUUUGUACUUUGUUCGUCUGUUCCAGCUAACCUUAGGUUCGGAGUACUGUGUCGUUUUAACUAUGAGCUAAGGAGAGGGAAAGUGAUAACCAUGCCAGUGAGGCGAGGCCAUGUUGCACCACCAAACAUCUUUAUCGACACGAUUAUCAAGAAAUUCGAUGGACAAAAUCGGAAAUUCAUCAUCGCCAAUGCGCAGGUGGAGACUGUGCCCAUCAUAUUCUGCAACGAUGGAUUCUGUGAGCUCACGGGCUACUCCCGGGCCGAGGUCAUCUCGAAGACUUCUCUGUGCGACUUCCUCCACGGACCCCUGACCAAUGCAUAUGCAAUACUCCAGAUCAAGGAAGCAUUGCAGGGCGCGGAGGAAAAGCAGAUUGAAAUACUCUACUACAAGAAAGAUGGCUCGAAGUUCAUGUGUAGUUGCCUGGUGGCACCGGUCAAGAAUGAGACUGGUGAGAUCAUCAUGUUCAUCAUCAACUAUGAGGACAUCACAGAGAUCACCGUGUCCAUACAGAAACCAGAAAUCAAAAACUUCAAAAACAAUCGCCACCGAAGUCUCCGACUGCGGCUGCCUUCCAUACGUCGUGACAUUCGCACUCGAUCCAGGUCAUUUGAUCACACAUCGUCCAAGACCUUCGAUCGCAUUCCAGACCCCGAAAACCCGCCCAUCCCUGAAGAGGCAGUUCCUCUCAACCAGAUGGGCAUGUCCGAUACGGAUCUACCGCAGUCGUCACCGCACUCGGAUAAAAAAUCACUCAUUCCAGAGAUGGGGGAGCGUCGCGACAGGGCCAGUGCCUCGAGUGUCAACCAGGGGACGUACGACCAGGAUGGGGGUGAUCAGACAGAUCACGCAUACUGGCAGGAUAGUGGAUGGGCUAAAUCCUGGUUUCCAGAACAUCUGCGACACACCGCAGACCACUGCAGAUCAUUGCAGACUCGAGACUGA